UUAGCUUAAUUACUGAACAAAACGACUUUGAUAUAACGCGAUUCCUAUUCAUGAUACGUAUAUACACUUUGCUUAUCGUAAUAUCGUGCUUUAUAUAGAUAUUCCAUCAAAUAUACGUGUGUUUUAAUUAUAUUCUUCGUCGUUUUCUACGAAGUUUAUUGAAAAGCAGCCAUUUCGCUUGGUUUUAAAGCAGGUGCUUCCGGUGUUCCGUGUCCACAUUAUCCGUGGUCUCGGUUGUGUAAAUUAAACGCAACUAAAUGUUAAUUUAUGACGACCGCGCACGCGGGAAUAUUCUACGACAACGUCUACAGUUUCGCGAACAAUAACGCGACAUCAAGUAUAAUGCCGUUGGCGACUCUAACAGUCCCUUGGUCCGAGCAACAUGUAAACGAGAAGCAAUCUGUAGAGAUUCUUCCAGCAGAGGCUCAAGAGGAAGCGAUGAUCACCCAGGGAAACGUGGUUGAACCACGUUCUAAUGGGUGCUCUGAGUCCCAUGAGAUUGAACUACGUGAGGUAGUACGAGAUGGUCAUGAGAAAGCAGACCCAUCUCAAUUUGAGCUUCUCAAAGUUCUCGGUCAAGGUUCUUUUGGAAAGGUAUUCUUAGUGAGGAAAGUUGUCGGUAAAGAUAGCGGGACACUUUAUGCCAUGAAAGUUUUGAAAAAGGCAACAUUGAAAGUUCGGGACAGAGUUAGGACAAAGAUGGAAAGGAACAUACUAGUGGAUGUUGAGCAUCCAUUCAUAGUUCGACUACAUUAUGCAUUCCAAACAGAAGGCAAACUUUAUUUAAUUUUAGAUUUCUUAAGAGGUGGUGACCUGUUUUCAAGAUUAGCUAAAGAGGUAAUGUUUACAGAGGAUGAUGUAAAGUUUUAUCUAGCCGAACUUGCUCUUGCACUGGAUCAUAUACAUAAACUUGGAAUUAUUUAUAGAGAUCUCAAACCAGAAAAUAUUCUACUGGACACAGAAGGCCAUAUAUCUUUAACUGACUUUGGUCUGAGCAAGCAACCGUUAGACGAUUGUAAGGCGUAUUCAUUUUGCGGUACGGUAGAGUAUAUGGCGCCUGAAAUAGUUAAUCGAAAAGGGCAUUCGUUUGCUGCUGACUGGUGGAGUUUUGGUGUUCUUAUGUUUGAAAUGUUGACUGGAGCUCUGCCAUUUCAAGGUGCUAAUCGUAAGGAAACAAUGACGCAAAUAUUAAAGGCAAAACUUAGUAUGCCUCUUAACAUUUCACCGGAAGCACAGGCGCUUCUCAGAGUACUAUUUAAGAGAAAUCCCGCAAACAGACUUGGAUCUGGCGGAGUGGAAGAAAUCAAAAACCACGUGUUCUUUGCGACAAUCGAUUGGCAUGCUCUUUACAAAAAAGAGAUAAAGCCUCCCUUCAAACCAGCCGUUAGUCAAGAAGAUGAUGCAUUUUAUUUUGAUAGUGAAUUUACAUGUAAAACGCCUAAAGAUUCUCCCGGGGGACCACCAAGCGCUAACGCUCACGAAUUGUUUCGUGGGUUUA